AUGGAUGCAGGCAACCGAAGGCCAAGAAACGAUGAACGAAUGAACCUAGGAGACGAGCCUGAUUUCGGACCGAAUCCCCAGAGAGCGAACGAACACCACAAUGAAAUCUUGACGAUCAGUCAGGAGCAACGAGGCGAGACGAGCGUAUCCGGGGGAAGGAAAAGGACAACGUCCAGACGAGACGAGGAGUAUUUGGUUCACAUCCCAAUCCGAAGAAGUGGACCGCCCACAAGGGUCAAUACGAGCCGGGAAAGUUCAAGCGUGUCAAGAAGACAGGUCAAGGCGUACGUCCGGAAAGCAUACAGCACAGGGCAUCAAGUCAGCCGAGCGGAGGUCAACCGACACAUCCCCAUGCCCACAAAUCUAAUAAUGUUUUCGGAUGAGGAUUCUCUCCCGUUCGACAAUCCACACUCGGAUGCGCUCGUAAUCACAGCCCCCAUUUUCCGAAUCCCAGUCCAUCGAAUCAUGGUGGACACCGGGGCGUACUCAAGUAUCUUAUACUGGACCACAUUCCUUAAAAUGGGGAUAGACCAAAGCGAACUGCGCCCAUGCAACGACCGCAUAACUGGAUUCAACGGACAAGCAACCAUCCCCGAAGGAGAAAUCACAUUACCAAUAGAGCUCGGGGAAUCGGGUGCAAACGGACGCAGGAUCAUGGAAACCUUCAAAGUGGAACAGCACGCGGAUGUCAUCCGGUGUCGGCAUCUCCCAACCUUGUUGACUGAACAAUACGAGCAGGCUAAUGAUUUUCAGCCAGGCGAUCGGAGAAAUCUGGCUAAAACCGACCCCCCAGUCUCUUAG